AGACAAACAGGCCAUUCUUUGCGGGGUCUUUAAUUGGAUGUUUUAUCCGAUUGUGCAUAUUCUCGUGGCUUUUUUGUUCUCUCCCCCUCAUUUAAUGAGGGAGUAUUUAUACUAGAUGCUAUCCCGGGGAAUCGAGGUGCAUUGCGAUUAUUGGAAGAGAAACGGCAAAGAUAUGGGUGCACACGAUACAGAAGGCAAAAGCGCGAGUCCGAGGAGUAGUCUGAGGAGUAGCCCGAGGAGUAGCCCGAGGAGUAGUCCUCCAUUACAAGAAAAGUCGGGUCAGGCGGGGCAUGAUGAGCAAGGUAUGAGGAUAACAUUCACUUUGGGACAUUGAGUAGAGGAAGAAUGUUUAGUUGAGGUUGAAAGAGUCGGAAGACAGACGAAAUGAGUCGCACAAGACAAUCGCAUGACAACUAACACCACUCCAGAUACAGAAACACCCCCCGAUGAUAAUCCAGGCCUCUUACAAGGCAACGCAGUAAUCGAAGCCGGCGGCAGCGACGAAGACGGUGAAUUCUCCGCCAGCGAGUUUGAUCCCGACGAUUCGUCAAGUCUCCGUUCCUCUUCAACAUCCAUAAACUCCAGUAUUCUCGAACACAGCUACCAAAAUGGCCGCCGAUAUCAUCGUUAUCGCCAUGGACGAUAUCCCUUACCGAAUGAUGAGGCGGAGCAGAAUCGUGAGGAUAUGCUUCAUGCGAUGAUGUUGGAGGCUACAGAUGGACGGUUAUUUUAUGCGCCGGUUGGGGAUAAUCCGCAGAGGAUAGCGGAUUUGGGGACUGGUACGGGGAUAUGGGCUAUUGAGAUUGGUGAGAAAUAUCCGAGUGCUGAAGUCUUAGGAUUGGAUCUAAGUCCAAUACAACCAACAUGGGUACCUCCAAACGUCAAAUUCUAUGUGGACGAUAUCGAAGAUGAAUGGCUCAACGGCGAUGACUUUGACUUUGUGCAUCUCCGCAACAUGAUCCCAAUCCUCAAAUCACCUGUAACACUCCUCAAGCAAGCAUAUGCAAAUAUGAAACCUGGUGCCUGGGUAGAACUCCAAGAUGUAGAUGGCCAAGUCCACACAGACGACAAUAGCAUUCCCGACGACUGGCCCCUAAAACGCUUCACAGAAAUCAUCCUCCAAGCAUUCGCUCUCUAUGAAACAAACGCACAUGCCGCUGUAUUCGGAGGUCAAUAUCUCGCUGAAGCAGGAUUUGUCAAUAUAAAGCAUAAUUAUAUCAAAUUACCUUAUGGGACAUGGCCAAAGGACAAGGUCAUGAGACUAGUGGGAAUGUACUAUCGAACUGCAUGUGAGGAAUUCUUCCCGGCGAUUGGGAAUCUGCAUUUUCCGCAGUUGGGCUGGGGCAAGGAUGAGAUGGAGGUGUUUUUUGCAGAGUGUCGACAGUCUAUGAGGGACCCAAAAGUCCAUGCUUAUGGGAAGAUGCAUUUUUGGAGUGGGCAGAAGCCAUUGGAUGCAUAGAGAGUUGAUAAUGGGAUCUACAGAACCGAAGAGAAAUAUUGAAAUAUUAUAUACCGAGAGGAUCGUAUAUGAGGAAGAGAGGAACUAAACAGUAUAUGCUUCAUGAUUUAUGCUAUCAAAUACCACUUUUUGACCCAACUCCAAUCUAAACAGAUAUACAGAAU